CUGAUACGCAUGACGCUGACGUCAUUUGUGCAGUAAAAAUAUUAUCAAUAUUAUUAUCUACGAGGUUCCGCGGCGGUUAUGUCAUUUUUAUGAUUUGGUUAUUUGGAUCCGGUAUUAUUUUGGAUUCGUAUAAAACUGGUUUACAAUGUUAAGUCUAACAAAUAAAAUGUAUACAUGAACAAUUUUUAUUUGCAUUCUCCACUUUUUUUAGUGUGUUGUGUGUGAAAGUUAAUUUAUAUUAUUAUUAUGGCAACAUUGGUGGAAAUAGAUGAUAGUUCAUCAUCAAAUUAUGACAAACUUAAAGAUUUAUGUAAAGAAAAUAUCAUUUAUUUUACUAAUAAUGAAAGAAAUGGUUCGACUGCCAUAGCCAAUGCUUUUGAACAGUUAUUUGAAAAUAUUGGUAAUAUACAACCAUUGGUUUUUAAAUUAUGCAAUGUCUACCAUUUGUAUGAUUUUGAUCCAUCUAUGCCUGGUAAUGGAUAUCGAAGUUAUGUUUCUGUUGUUGAUUUAUUUAUUGCUCAUUGCAUCAAAAUUUGCAAUCAAAUGGCUGCCAAUCGUGAUUCAUUUUUCUUCCGCAAAACGUUUUAUACAAAAGAAAUUGAAUCAUGUAACCAAGUGAUGAAUACAUUGGUAUUGUGUUUAGAAAACUUAUGUCUUUUAAUUGGUUGGAGUGAACCAGGUAUGUUAUUUUCUGGAAACGAUACUGCAGCAUUAGAACUCAUGAUGAAAAUUGAACCCUCUAAACUAUGUCCUUUUUAUGGGCGCUGUUUGGCUUUUCAAUUUAAUGAGUCACUACAACCGGCUUUGAAAACUAUUGCUAUAAUGAUGGCUGCUUUUAGUGAAGUAUACUAUAAUGAAAAUGGCAUGUUGGCUAGAGCUAAUACUGCAUGGAAUUGUAGCAAAUAUAUGUUAAAUCCGGAAUUGAGAGCUCGUAGAAUUGUAAAUGUCAUUCAGUAUUCUUCAAUAGAGUUUUACAAAGCAUUUUUGUUCCUUGGUGAAACUGAACUAUUAAAAAGUUUACCAAACCUAGUUUCUCCUACGGUAGCAAUAAAUCGGCUAAUAGCAAUUCCUAGCAAACCAUUUUUAUACUUGAAACCAAAUGGACAAUUAUUUGAAAUUCAGCCUCCUUUGUGCCAUAUUGGACCAGCUUCCUUGAAUGCUAGACUAAUUGCAAAAACUAAACGUGAAGGCAUGUUAGCAGAAAAUCCCGGUAGUGGGAUACUACCAGAGCCAUGUGAAAAUCUUAUCAUACAUUGUCAUGGAGGUGGUUUUGUGUCUCAAAGUUCAAGUUCUCACGAAUCGUAUUUAAGAGAUUGGGCAGUGCGCUUAGAUAUUCCUAUAUUGUCUAUUGAUUAUUCUCUAGCACCAAGAGCACCAUACCCUAGAGCUAUGGAAGAACUAUUAUUCGCAUAUAUUUGGGCAUUAAGUAAUGCGGCUUACUUGGGUUCUACUGCUAAACGUGUCAUAAUGGCAGGUGAUUCCGCUGGUGGAAAUUUAAGUGCUUGUGUAGCAUUAAAAUGCAUAGAAAUGGGUUUCAGAGUACCUGAUAGCUUAUUUUUAGCAUACUUCCCUUGUGCAAUAGCUUGGUCACCAACACCUGCAAGAUUUUUGAGUUUAAUAGAUCCACUCAUACCUCUAGGUUUUAUGACAAACUGUUUGAAGGCUUAUGCUUGUUCUCCCGAUAUCUACCAAGAUAGUUUGUAUGAGUAUAAAUUGAAAAAUAUUGCAAAACCAAAAGAUGGCACUUCUGAAGACUUUGUAGAAAAUAUUGAAUCUAGUGAAGAAGCUCUUGAGUUAAUACAAAACCCCAAUGAUGAUAGUCAAUCAGUAAUAACUCCAGUUGAAGAGGUUAUUAUGGCUGCACAUGAACGAAGACAAUCUAGACGAUUUUCUACAAUGUUGACUGAAACAGCAGAAAAUAUAAGUUCUGCUAUUACUACCACAUUCAUUACAUUGACUGGAGGGACAGCUGAAGAAGAUAUUAGUGAUAGUGAAGAUGCAUUAAAUGAAGUAAUAGAAGAAACACCACUACCAAUAGAUUUACCAAAAUUGCCAGAAGAUCCAUUUUUAUCACCCUAUUUUGCAAAUGAUGAUAUUUUUAAACAGCUGCCACCUGUUCAUAUUGUGACAGUACAUAUGGAUCCAUGCCUAGAUGAUUGUGUAAUGUUUGCUAAACGAUUAAAAGAACUUGGAAAAAAAGUGAAUAUGGAUAUUCUAAAAGGAUUACCUCAUGGUUUUUUAAAUUUAGCUAUUACCUGUAAAGAAGCUCAUGAAGGAUCAGUGUUGUGUGCUCAACGUAUUGCAGAUUUAUUUAAAGAAAUUGAAAUGUGUGAAUGUUAAUACUAUUUUUUGUAAAUUAUUCAUUUGUUCCAAAUUCAUAUCUUUAGAGUUCUAUCAAAGUGUGAAAUAUUUAAAGUCAUGAAGUUAAAAUAGUAAAUUGUAAUAUUUUGUACAUUAAGAAUUAACAAAUAUAUAGUACUAUAACGCUAUAGUUUAUAAGAGGAUGCCAUACCCCAUAUAUUUUAUCUUGAUCUUAAAAAUGUAAAACAUAGCAAAUAUCCAACAUCUUAAAAACUCAUAUGGAAAGACAUAAUAAGAUAAAUGUUGGUCAAUUCACUCUUUUAUUAAAAGUUUUUACAUAGAAUUUAAACUGAUUAAUACAAAGAAAAAAAACAUAUAAGAAUGUGGCAUCUUCUUGAGAUACCAUGGAAAAGUGUAGUUUUGAAACUAUCUCAAAAGUAUUUAAACAACAAUGCAAUUUUUUGUGUGUUUAUUUUAGACUGUAUGUAUAUUUACAGUAUGUGUUCUAUUAUUAUAAUGUAUUAAUACAAUAAACAAUUAAGAAAGCUA